AUGUCAUCGCUUCGUGCCAUCGUCAUUCUUUUCGCUCUCAUUUCAUGUACUUUUGCUAUUAGAUGUUAUACAGGCACAACCAGGAACAGUGAGAAACCUCAGACCUCAACAAAUUGUCCAGCUUCUGCUUAUUGUUUGAAGACAGUUACUAGAGUGAACAAUGAGGACUUGAACUCGUACUAUUGUGCUGCCUAUCAAUGCAGUAAUGAGGGAUGUACGACUACAAAUCAAGUAACCACAUGCUGCUGCAGCAAUACAGACCUCUGCAAUACGGCAUCAGGAUAUUCCGCUCUCAUCGCCGUAAUUCCGAUUGCCUUGGCGAAAUUGCUGUUUUGA